UCCAAAUCUAUAAGCUCAAGUUUUGCUAAUAUGUACAUGUAAUCUUAAUUCAAUUUACUAGAUUUGUUUUCAAUCAAGCGAAAUUAGGGUUAAGAAAGUUUUUCCUCAAUCAAAACUUUUGUUUUUCCAAUCAGAACAGCCAUUUGUUUUUGAAGAAAAUACCAGUGUUGAUCAAUGGCUAAUAGGCAACCACAAUUUCAAUUGACGGUACAUCAUUGUCUAACUCCAAACAAGGAUCGUCACUUAUCAAAAAUCGGAUUUCAGCUUCAAAUUCGUACGUUUCUCGAUGAUGAUUGGCAAGGGGAUUACCAGGAUCAAUUCGUUUUGCCAGAAUUCGUGUUCGGCUCCGAUCGACACCGUAAUUACGUCAACCGUCGUUUACUUGAAGCCGGAUGGGUCGAUCCAGGCAGCCUCGAGAGGAUAUUGGAUAUCGCUUUCUCCGACGGAAAGUUGAUUUUAGAGAAAGAGAAGAAUGGAUUUGACAACAUGGUAAUGAUAAUUUUUCGAGUUAAAAGGAUCGUGAUGAGGGAAGAUGACGAGAUAGCGGCAACGGCAGCAAUGGAAUUGUCAAUGCGAGAAGAUCCGAUGCUCAUUCCCGCGACGAAAGAAUCGAUCCAAGCUUUAACAAAAGCGAAGCUUGGUGAAGGUGAUGGCGAUGGCGAUGGCGAUGGUUUCAAGUGCGUGAUUUGUAUGGAAAAGUUGGUAGAAGUCGUAGCUUGCAUGCCAUGUUCUCAUAUCUUUCAUGAAGAUUGUAUCAAGAAGUGGCUCAAUAAUAGUCAUUUCUGUCCAUUGUGUCGUUAUCCGAUGCCUACCGAUGCGAAAAAAUGUUAGGGUUUGAUUUUCGAGAAAUUUUAAUAAUAAGAGUAAUUCUAUUAAAAAACUUUUUUUGAAUUAUCACAGGCAAUUUUGUUCAUUUGAAUUUGUUUAAUGUUUGUAUUUAUAACAUAAUUC